AGAGCGGCCCCUCCCGCGCGCCCGCCUCCCUUCCGGCGUCUGCCUCCUGCGCCGUUGCUGUGGCAGCGCGGGACGCGGCCCGGGCGGUGGUUGUCCCGGCCUCCGCCUCCCUCAGAGCCCUCCCGGCCUUGAGGCUCGUGCCCGUCAUGUCCCGGGGGAGACGCGGGAGCCGGGUGGGCGUCCUGGGCGUCGGGGAGGAAGAGGCGUCCCGGCAGGUGGCCGCUGGGCCCAGCGCGGCGGUCGGGUUUCCGCUGGGAACAGAGGUGGCGGCAGAGCGUGUUCUGCUCCGGGGCAUCUUCCAGAUCGGGAGGGACAGCUGCGACGUGGUGCUGGGCCAGCGGGUCCUGAGGUGGCGGCCCAUCCAGCCGGAGCGCCCGGCGGGUGAUUCCAAGGGUGAUGUGCUGGGUAGAGAAGAGUGUGUUGAAGUUAAAGACAUAUUCUCUGUGAAACUGAAGCGGCGUCUUUCUGUGCAUCAGCAGAGCAGUGGCACUUUAUUAGGUAUCACGCUUUUCAUAUGCUUGAAAAAGGAAGAAAACAAAUUAAAGGACUCUACACUUGACCUCAUUAAUUUAAGUGAAGACCACUGUGAUAUAUGGUUUAGACAGUUCAAGAAAAUUCUGGAAGGUUUUACGAGUAGACCAAAGGCUUUAAAAAUCCUCCUUAACCCUGAGAGUCACAAAAAAGAAUCUGUCCAAGUCUAUUAUGAGAAGGUGGAGCCUCUGCUGAAGCUUGCCGGGAUAAAGACUGAAGUAACGAGCUCUACGAAUGUAUUGGCACAUUCUCUUUAUGGAAUACCUCACGUGGUGACUGCAACUAUGCACAUUAUAAUGGGGCACAUGCAGUCCGUGGAUGUCUGCACCUUUAGCUCUGCUGGCAAGCUUCUUCGCUUCGGGUUCUCAGCCAUGUUCGGCUUUGGUGGAAGGACUUUGGCUCUAGCAGAAAAAUAUCGAUGGAUGCCCCCUAGUCAGCGGAGAGACUUUGCUGUAAUUAAAGCACUCACCAAACUUAACCCAGAGGAUUGCAAAAUCUCAUUUUUACCAACUGAUUGCUUUCAGGAUGAACAAGAAAAGAGAUUACAGGAACCUCCAAAUUUAGACUGUGGUCAAUGGCAAACGAUCCAGGGCCAGUUCUUGAAUGUCAGCAUCAUGGCUAUUCCCUGUCUGUGUUCAGUAGCACCUAGAGGCUUGGCACCUGACACCAGAUUAAAUAAUGGAAGCAUGGCUCUUAUAAUUGCACGAAAUACCUCUCGAUCAGAAUUUAUAAAACACCUGAAAAGAUACGCCAGUGUAGAAAAUCAGUUCAACUUUCCCUUUGUGGAGAAUUAUACUGUGGAAGAAGUAAAAGUCUAUCCAAAGAAUAAUACCAGUGGAUACAACCCAAGGGAGGAGGCUGCAACCCAUGAACCUGUUUCAGAAAUCAAUUUCCCUUGGAAUGUAGAUGGCGACUUAAUGGAAGUUGCAUCAGAGGUCCAUGUUAGAUUACACCCAAGAUUGAUCAGACUUUAUGGAGGAAGCCUGGAAGAAAUGAAUGAUUCCAAAGUAACAUGUAAUUGUUUAUAAAAAGAAAUGUAUAAAGUAGAAAUAUAUUAUGAAGGAAUUUGGCAUAUAACAGAUAUACAAAUAGAAAGUAUAUUUUUGGAAGAAAAUAGUUAUUUUUGAGAUAACUAAAAAGUAGUUUCAAGAUGAAGAUGAAAAAUAUGAAAAAAUCAUAUGAAAAAAAUCAAGAUAAAAAUAUGAAAUCCAUAAGCAAUUGAAAUUCUGUUUGUUGAAGCAUUUAUUAGAACUGAAUAAACAUUUCAUAUAAUUAAACAAUGUAAUGAUUGAAAAGUGAAAUCAUAUAGAAAUUCUUUUUUUUUUUUUCAGGGCUCGAAUCCAUCAAAGUAGAAGUUAAAUUUUCUGUAGCUUGAUAUAAGCAGAACAUAGAUAUUUCAAAAAACUACCCAUCCUGGAAUUACUGACAAGGCAACAGAUUGAGAAGUGUUAAAUUUCAAAGUCCACAGCCAGUUAGUCCUAUAACUAGCAACAAACACUUAUUAUUGUUUUUUUCAAAAUCUUUCCACCUAGUUUAUUACCCCCUCACCCCUGCAAAAAAAAAAAAA